UAUUAAUACAAACUAAACUUCAAGUGGGUGAUCAAAUAUUGGUGGUUUAUUGAAAUGGUGCAAACUAAUAGUAGUCAUGUAUCUAUUUACAAGCGAACUCUUUGGAGUCCUGAUUUUAUUCAAGGAUUGGAGACCAAUUUCUCAAUAAACUACAAGGAGAAGGUGAAGGAGCUAGAGAAGCAAGUGAGGCAGAUGCUGGAUAAUAUUAAUUAUGAAAAUGGUGGUGAACUGAGCAGUACUUUGAAAGUGCUUGAGCUCAUAGAUAACCUUGAAAGGCUCGGCCUUGGCUAUCGGUUUCAAACCAGCAUAACCCAAAUACUCAACAAAAUAGCACAACAAGAUGAUGAAGAUCUAAUUAGCUGGCGGGGAGUUGAAGAAGAUGAAGAAAACAUCCUGCUCGCUGUCGUUUCUCUUAAAUUCAGACUUCUUAGGCAACAUGGUUAUAGAUGUUCAGCCCAAGGCUUUUGUAGGAGAUUCAAGGACAGCCGUGGUGUGUUGGCAGGACGCCUACAGAAGAACACCAAAGCAUUGCUAAGUAUAUAUGAAGCUUCAUAUCUUGCCCUCGACGGAGAAACAGAUUUGAACGAGGCCAAGCUAUUUGCGACUGAGAAUUUGCUAAAUAAGCUACAUAAUAAUAGUGGUGAAUACGAAGUACUAAUGAAUGAGCAAGUAAAACAUGCACUGGAUAUUCCGUUGUACCGUAUGAUGGCUAGGUUAGAAGCUAGGUGGUACAUCGAUGCUUAUAGUAAACGAGAAGAUGCAAAUCGACUACUGCUUGAGCUUGCUACAUUAAAUUUCAACAUGGUUCAGUCGGUGCACAAGAUAGAUCUUCAAGAAUUAUCAAAGUGGUGGAAAGAAAUAGGCCUAACGGGCAAGUUGAGCUUCAUCCGGGACCGACUGGUGGAAUGCUUCUUUGCGAGCGUUGGAAUUGUGUUUGAACCUCAAUACUCUUGUUGCCGUAUAGGAUUAACGAAAGUCUGCUCCUUAAUUAACUCAAUUGACGACAUCUAUGAUAUUUAUGGAUCUUUAGAUGAACUCAAGGUCUUCACAAAUGCUGUCAAGAGGUGGGAAGUUAGUGAAAUGGAAUGUAUGCCCGAGUAUCUACAAAUAGGCUUUCUAGCUCUUUACAACACUGUCAAUGAAAUGGGUUAUGAGACCUUAAUUACUCAUGGAAAAAACAUCAUACCAAUCCUUUCUAAAGCGUGGGGAGAUCUAGCAGAUGCAUUCCUUGUAGAAGCAACAUGGACUCAUGGAAAUGUCAUACCAUCUUUCGAAGAUUAUCUGGAUAACGCCUGGGUAUCGGUUUCAGGAGUGCUUAUACUUACUCAUGGCUACUUUUUAAUGAAUCAAGAUUUCAAAAAAGAUACAAUUGAAUCCUUGGAAAAGUGUCGUGAUCUUUAUAAAUGGUCAUCAAUGCUUCUUCGACUCUACAAUGAUUUGGCUAUUUCAUCGGAUGAGAUAGAAAAAGAGGGUGACGCGAAUGCAAUAUUAUGUUACAUGCAUCAACAUGGUGUUUGUGAGGAAGUUGCGCGCGAAUAUAUAAAAACUAGUCUAGUCGAAGAAAUAUGGAAGAAAAUGAUGGAAGCACGAAUUGCUUGUUGUGAACAAGAUGUGGACGCUCCAUUGACGGAUAUAGCCAUUAGCCUUGCUAGAAUUUCAUACUGUAUCUAUCAAUAUGGGGACGGAGUUAAAGCACCAGAUGAGGCUUCAGCCAAGGAUCGGAUAUUGUCCAUCAUUAUGGAGCCCAUUACUAUACAAGGGAUCGGAAAAUAAAACCACUACUACUCCCUCAACCGACCUGGAUGCUACACAUAGAACCUUUUUUUUUUUAAAUAAGCACUUAAUUUAUGUGUUUACAUAAUUAAGUCAAUGAAUAAUAAUUUGUACCGGGAAUAUUUUUGGAUUUAUUAACCCUUUCUAAUAAGUGUAGUAAAACGUACUCCGUAUUAAACA